UGUGCUUUAUGUAAUCGUGUGUGAAACUCACAGCCGUGUGAGUAGAUCGUCUGAGAAGAGGAUGAGAUUCCAGUCCUAAUUCACAGGAUCCUCUGGAUUUUUCGCUAGGAAUCGGAAUGAAAUCUGGCUAAUUUUGCGCAGACAAUCCAGUCUUGUUUAUUUAUUAUUCCCAGUUAUUGCGUUAACAGCUGCAAACGUUGAACAGCUAAUUUAACUGAAUACUCGAGAUGGCCGCGAUCGCCAGUUCUCUGAUCCGACAAAAACGCCAGGCGCGGGAAUUCAACAGCGAGCGGGUAUCUGCCUCCAAACGCCGCCCCAGUCCCAGCAAAGACCCCCGCUCUCUCUGCGAGCGACAUUUCCUGGGGGUCUUCAGUAAAGUCCGCUUCUGCAGCGGCAAGACAAGACCUGUUCGCCGGCGACCAGAUGUGCCCUCGAAACCUCCACAGGUGUCCCGUAAGGGCAUCAGGCUAGAGCCGCAGCUGAAAGGCAUUGUGACACGACUGUUCAGCCAGCAGGGUUUUUACCUGCAGAUGCAGCCAGAUGGAACCAUCGAUGGCAUCAAAGAUGAGAACAGCGACUACACUCUUUUCAACCUCAUCCCUGUCGGCUUAAGGGUGGUGGCCAUUCAGGGAGUCAAAGCAGGUUUCUACAUCGGCAUGAAUGCGGAGGGCUUCCUCUACAGCUCGGUAAGAUUCCCCUUUCUCAGUUUGCAUGUGUGCGAAAGUGUGUGCAGUCCAAACAAACAAGAUGGCAGUAACAAUGACUGGGACUACCAGACUUGGGACUAA